CAGCACUCAAUAAUGUCAUGCGAACAUCUCUAACAGAUAUAAAGUGUGUGGAUUGUGUGUCUUUUUGUGAUUUUUUACUCUUCAUUUCGAUUCUUGUGAUAAAAUAUGAUGAACUAAGUUUUCAUGAAAUAAUAGUGAGCAUGUUUAAGUUUUCUUUGAAAAUAAUUACUUACAUUGGUUUGAUCUGUAAUAACCUUGAUCAAUAAACGUCAAGAAUUUCAAGUGAGAAUGAUUUGACUCAAAUAUGGCCAGAGCUGAAGUUGGUAUGCUUUAACAAUGGGUAAAAUGAAAUAUUUCAUAAAAUGAAUGCUCCAAGUGGGUGUGUCAGCUGCAGUGAUGGGUCGCAACAGUUUGAUAGUAAACAUGAUGCAGACUGCUCUGAGGGUGAGGACGCACAGAUUAGACUGGCACCACAUGUGCAAGCUUACCUGGCACGCAACAAUCCCACUACCAACUGUUGUGGCCUCACUAUACCUAUUGCCUUUGAGAGGGCUGCAACAGGAACCUGGUGGAACCCUCGAUUUGAUUCUGAGAUACUUGAAGGCCAAUACAGAAGUAGUUCCUUUAGACAAAUAAGACUAAGAUUUAGAUUUGCACUUUUAUACAUUUUGAUAUUUUCUAUAUCAUGGUUUGUCUACUUUGUGGCCCUUGGUUCCAAUGGCAUUACAGUAAAAUGGCCGUUUUUAUGUUCUAUAUUUGGUGGGGUUCUUUUGAUAACAUCUGUUAUGCUAUUUGUUACCUUUACAAAUAUAUACAAAGUGUACACAUUCAAGCUAUCCCUGGUCAUGGCACUCGCUCUGUGUACCCUCAGCCUGUCACUGGUGACACUCACCACACGGUCAGACACAGCAUUAUCUCAGGCCGCUGACAUCAGCCAGUCAGGACACUUCACCAUGUGCAUAGAAAUAUUGCUGAUUAUAUAUACACUGACACCUUUACCACUGUAUGCCUGUGUUAUCAUUGGAAUUUUGUAUUCAAUAGUCUUUGAAGUACUGAAUAUUGUGUUACAUUUGUCAGAGCAAGAAUGGCAGUGCCCUGGAAUGUUUGUAAGAAUUUUGCUGCAACUUUGUGUUCACAUAAUUGGUGUUCAUAUAUACCUAAUGACCUUUGUGAGAAUGCGCGGUACCUUUAUGAAAGUAGGGCAGAGUCUGUUAGUGAGAAAGCAGCUAGAAAUGGAGAAACAGCUGAAAGAGAAGAUGAUACACUCUGUGAUGCCGCCGAAGGUCGCGAGUUGGCUGCUAGAGGAACAAGUGCUCGAAACUGAGACUAAUAUAAAGACACACAAUCCGCUCAAACCCAGACAUUCAAACCCCGGCGCGUCGGACAUCAAGUCGUUAUUUAGGCCUUUCAACAUGAGCUCAAUGGACAACGUCAGUAUACUAUUUGCCGAUAUCGUUGGCUUUACCAAGAUGUCAAGUAAUAAGGGUGCUGAAGAAUUAGUAAAUAUAUUAAAUGACCUGUUUGAGAAGUUUGACGAGUUAUGCCAAAAUCAUGGAUGUGAAAAAAUUUCUACUUUGGGUGACUGUUAUUAUUGCGUAUCUGGCUGUCCUGAGCCCAGGCCGGACCAUGCUACGUGUUGUGUAGAAAUGGGAUUGGGAAUGAUAGACGCUAUCAGGGAGUUCGACAGAGUUCGCGGCGAAGGAAUAAAUAUGAGAGUCGGGGUGCACACAGGUACUGUGCUGUGCGGUAUAGUGGGCACUCGCCGAUUUAAAUUCGAUGUUUGGAGUAAUGACGUUAGUUUCGCCAAUAAAAUGGAGUCCACUGGAAAGCCAGGUCGCGUCCACAUAUCAGAAGAGACUGCAAAAUUUCUCGGUGGUUCUUAUAUCUUAGAAGAGGGCGAUGACGUUUUCGGUCAUAAAACCUAUUUUAUUGAAGGCCGUCAGCUGUACUCCCCUUACAGCCAUGAGAACUGCCUAACUCCCUCCAAUCCUAUAAACUUACGUCUGAUUAUAUCCCCCGCAGCAUCACCUCAAUCCGUCCUAUCCUGCAAUCACUCCCCUCUGCCGUUGUCCCCUAAAGCUGACGAUAGAUCCAGAAAAGCCGAUUGUAAGAACUUCCUGUCCCCAAGUGCAUUUCAUUUCCGAACAAAAGCUAGUUCACUGCCGAGUAUAUUGGAUUCUGACACCGAACUCGACGAGAAGAGGGAAAAAGGAUUCCCCGAAACUAACAGCUCGUCGAAGAGUCCUACGUCCGUAGGGAGCUACGGAAAAUAUACGACAAAGUUGAAAAACUGGAAAGUGCCUAGAUUUUUACGGAAGCAUUCGGAUACGCCGCUUCAUGAGAUGAAGAAGCAGCAGGAGUUGACUGACAAAUCGAUACAUUUCCUGGAGCGGGGUGAUACGGCGGCCGGUACGCAGUCCAGCAACGGUUAUCAGCAAGUGCCUAUUGUGAUAGAAUCUCAAGACAAUAAGAGUAGGCCGGCGCAGAGUACCAUCAAGCUGAACAUACCGCCGCUGAGUCACGACAUGGCAUCCUUCGAGAGGGAAAUCAUCGACAUACGAUCCUACUUAAGCCAGUCCAGGAGCAACAUGUCGCCUUUCGCCAGAAGUAGCAGCUAUAGAUCGCAAUACGGCAGAUCGAACAAUAUUGAGGUGCCAGUUUGUCGAGCUCGAAGUUCAACGAUCACGACGCAAGACGAGUUGAUUCGACCUAAAGAGCGAAAGUUGAACUUGCCGUUGCCGUCGCCGCAGACGUCCCGACCACCGGAUGACGUCAUCAGUCUCUGUCCCUCGGUGAACAGUCGCAAGGACUCCGGCAUAAGGAGCACGAGUCGCCGGUCCAGCAUACAGCAACAGGUCAACUUUGAUGUUCCUAUUUUUACUUAUAACAUUUACGCGCUGAACCACAUAGCGACGUCGCACCCCGACAUGAUGGCGCACCGCGUGUCGGGCUACUACACGUCGAGCCAGUCGUCGCUGAACGAGCAGCCCGGCAGCCGGCUGCCGGCGCCGCUCAACGACGAGCAGGUGCAGUCGCUGCAGAAGCUGCGCAAGCAGUCCGACCUCCAGCUCAUCCGCUGCGUGCAGGACAACGCGCGCUCCGGCAUCAACUACUUCGUACAGCCGCCGCUCAACAGGUUCACCCUCUUCUUCAAAUCCUCCGAAAUAGAGAAACACUACAGGGACAAAGCCCACCGCAGUGACGACAGCGAAGACUUCCCGCCCACACUCACUACUUCAAGAUUUAACACCGCGUUAGAUAUUUUAGUGUCGGCCAUCAUUUUCUUGGCGGUCACAGCUUCUAUAUUCUCGCUAUACAGUGACUGGAAAUCUUCCAUUGGAUGGUUCGCCUUCUUCUUGUGUAUUGAAAUCGUAGCCAUGUCUCUCUGUUCCUACAGACAUUAUCUAAAAUGGAAGACGAAUCAUGAAGCGCUUUCAGAGACCAUUCCCCGGUCUGUAAGGAUAUUCAGGAAGCUCUCGAACUGGUUCCCGUGGCACUUGUGUGGUGGAUUGCUCAUCAGUUUACCGAUACUGGCCGUGCUUAUUAAUUUCUCAUGUGAGAACACUACAAUGACGAUCUUGCGCGGAGAACAGUCAUUUUACGUUUACCUGCUGUGCAUCAGUGUAGUACACUUCUGCAACUUCACCCAGAUGAACUGGCUUGUGAAAAAUACUCUAGUGACGCUCUACGCUGGUUUGUUCCUAUUUUUUGCUGUGCUAGGUUGUCACGAAGCUAAUACUCAAUUGCUGCAAGAUGCUGAUAUUACACUAAAGCUAAGCCCACAAAUAGUUAUUCAGAAUACAACAGACUUUAAUUUUAGGAACGAUUCCAUAUUCGACUGGGUAGACAUGAACAACGGCACCGUCGGUGCUGUGGACAGUCACCAACACAAGUUGCACCUGACCGAGCUGUAUCUAGACGUGGCGUUGUUGCUCAUGCUAGUCUGGUUCCUGAACAGAGAGUUUGAAAUAAGUUACCGCUUGAGCUUCUAUAGCAACGUAGUUGCCAACCGCGACAAACAGAGAGUCCAGAAUAUGAGAAAUCAGGCCGACUGGUUGCUCCACAAUAUAAUACCUCGACAUGUUGCCGAUCAGCUCAAAAACACAGCGAAGUACUCUGAAAACCACAAGGAUGUCGCCAUUAUAUUUGCCAGUAUAGUUAAUUUUAAUGAAAUGUACGACGAGUCGUAUUUGAAAGGGAAGGAAUACCUUCGAGUACUUAACGAACUGAUAGCAGACUUCGACGAGCUCUUGGAACGGCCGGAGUUCCAACACGUGGAGAAAAUUAAAACCAUAGGCAGCACCUUCAUGGCGGCCAGUGGACUGAACCCCGACCUGAGGCACGCCUCGCGCGGUACUUAUGACCACCUCUACCAGCUGAUGGAGUUCGCGCUAGAGAUGCAGAAGGUGGUGGAUAACUUCAACCAAGACUUGCUAGAAUUUGAUUUCAUUCUAAGGAUCGGGUACAACUUCGGAGACGUGACGGCGGGCGUGAUCGGUACGACGAAGCUGUACUACGACAUCUGGGGCGACGCCGUGAACAUAGCGUCCCGGAUGGACUCGACGGGCGUGCCAAAGAGGAUCCAGGUGGGCGAGGCCUGUAUCCCCGUGCUGUCGGCGCGGUACGAGUUCGAGCCGCGCGGCAGUGUCUACGUGAAGGGCAAGGACAACAUGAAUGUGUAUCUCGUCAUAGGUAGGAAAGACACGUAGGUGAAAUAUUCAGAAUGAAAUAUAGAAUCUGUGAUUUAAUUAUAUUGGAGAUGUGAAUAUAUGAAAUUCUAUUUAUUGUGUGCAGUCCAUUGUAAGUGAGAUGUUCGAGCUUGAGAUAAUACUCGGGGUUGCACAGGCUGUUAAUUUAUUGUUACUUUAGCUGACGUGGAUGUCGAGUGCGAGAGUGAGCGAGUACGUGUAUAUUUAAUGUGAGUGAAUGAUCUAAAACUAUUAAAAUCUCCUUGCCUAUACCGAAAUAUCUGUGACCAGUGUUCUAGUCUUCUAAAUUCAAUGGGAAUGGUCCAGUUUUUAUGAUGUAUUAGUUUAUAGAUUUGUAUAGCGCUGACGUACGCCGUGCUUAAAUGGACAGAGUUAUUUUGAUGGACGGCAGCUGUGUAUUUAUUUUAAAAAUUGGAUCAUCUCCAUUUGUACGACUUGUAUAUUCAAAUUUACCUUCUUUAUAUUACGGAAAAUAAAUUUAUAUUUGUAUAUAAAAGUGAAUAUUAACCCACUUGGGCUAGCAAAUAAAGUUUUAUAUUUAUAUAAUUGUAAUUGAAUCGAUGUGUUUAGAGUUUAAGUGAAUGGUACUAAUACAGAGUAGUGAGUAGAGUAUGUUCAUAUUGUGUAUGUAGUAGCGCAUCGCUUACCGUUAUACAAAUCAUUUGUCAAUUUUAUAGAUCGGGUUCCGUAGGAGUGUAGGGUCCGUUGCAAUACAUAUUCAAUAAUAUUUAAUAAUUGAACAAGACUUUCUUUUUUUAUAGGAUAUAUCGUAAGAAUUUUUUACAUCUAAGCACGUAGUGCGUCGCUACAAUAUAUUCUGGUCAUCUACAAUUGUAGAUUAUCUGCAGUAACUUGGCAUCUGUAGUAAUUCUAAUAAAAAUCUAUUUACCGGAUUAUAUAUUAGUAAAAUAGUUGAUAGAAAAUCGAACACAUGUGAUGUUCGGAGAAAUAAACGCAAAUCGAAUGACAACUACUAUAUAUAGGCAUUAGAAUACGCGUUGCUACGCUGGAAUAUAGUUUAGCUUAUAUAAAUAAUAUUUAUGCACAAACAUUUAGUCCUGUAUAUUAUAUAAAUAAGUACUUACGGGACCUACUUACUGAUUGCUCAUUGCGUGAAUACUUUUAGCGGGAAUUGGUAGUCGAUGAAUGAAGUUUCAUAUAAAAAUUGCGCAAUAACCAUGUAUCGAUAAUAUUUGCGGCGCAUCUAGCAUAAUUAGCGAAAUAUUUCCUAAUAAAUCAGCAAUGUCCACGCGAAAUAUUCUAAAGUAUGUAUUAAAACUUUACACAAUUCAAUAUUUGCCAUUUGAUGUUGGUGUAGUAGGUAAUUUUCAUACUUAUGAUCAAAGCCUUAAAAAAGUACUAUACAUUCCACUAUGUAUUUAAUCUAUAUGCCUUCAAAAUGUCUAUUUUCUACUUGUAAAAUGGCGUACUAAAGGUUGGUAGUUUUGCAACGAAGCGAGUUUUUAUAUUUACAGAAUGUUGGACCAACAGAAUUGAAUAGGUAGCCUAAAUAGCUCUCUUCUAAAUUUACCUCUUCUUAAAUACAUUUUCAAUUAUGACUACUAUGAUAAAUUAUGUAUUUGUGAUAUUUGUUAGAGGAGUGUUAUACUGUAAUAAUAUAUGUAUACCUAGCCAGAUAUUAAAAUAUAUUUAACAUCGAUUGUUCUCUCUAUAAUAAAGAUGUUAAGUUACAUUGUACAAAAUUAUUUACCUGUGUCAUUCAACAUGAUGAUUGCCAUGCAGGCGAAAUAAAGAACAAAAACAUUAUAUUUAUUGUAAUUACCUCUUGUAAAUUUCAAGUGAUAGAAGUGUAGAUAUUAUGAUAUCGAAGAGAAACUAUUCUUACUGCGCAAAUAGUUGUUUUCGCGAUCUAUUGAUUGGAAAUCCAAACAUUUGUACGAUAUUUGUACACGAAAUUUCGUGAUUCCUAAUUUGGCGGUUGAAAAGCCAAUUUUACGUUUUGAAAACGUGAUUAGCUGGGUCAUUGCGACCGCAGGGGCUCGGGAUGUGUGUGGUCAGACUAGCCUCGUUGACGAUACACACGUGUACUGUCGAUGUAGUUACAGGGUGGAUGCCACAGUGCAACAAAAUAGCACACAUAUUUACAAAAUUGUAAGCUUAUUUUACCUAAACUGAAUAUGUAUUAAAAUAGUUAAGUCACUUUAUGUCACUGUAAUUAAAAUUAAACUGGAUGUAAACAUAUUUUUACAUUUUAAUGGUCAACGAGGCGAUGCAAACGACGAAAGAUAGAUGUUACCAACUACGUGUUAUAUUAAAAAGUAGUUUAAGAGUCGUAGCCCAUUGAACUGUAGAGGAGAGGUGCGUAAACAAAUAUUUUAUAGAUCGUAGAGAAUUGAGUACCUAAUUACAUAAAUACUUGACUGUUUACAAACCUCUUCGCUAUCGAAAAAAUGCCCCUUAUUCUAUCCUUAAUGAUUCUGUAAGCACUUUAAACGAGCAGUGUAUCUCUGAAAAGGAAUGUUUUAUAUUUCUUAAACUUGUAUAUUUUGUAAUAAAAAUGUAAAUCAUGAUAUUUAUUGUACCUAUCUAAGAUGAAAGUGUUCAAGAGUUCCGACUUCAAACAGAUUCACUAUACCUAUAAUGGCUUUAGUUUUUCAAUAUAAUAAAACACGUGAAAUUAA